AUGGCAGACCACGCACGCAAGCCCCCGGUCGAACAUGCGUGCCGUGCAGUCGCCUGGCAGCGCGCAGCCUUCCCGGACCCCCCUUCGGUGGUCGACGUCGACCUCGGCUCCUACAUGGGCCGGUGGUACGAGGUCGCGCGGACACGCGUCUCGACGCCGUUCCAGGCGCUGUGUGGAUGCGUCACGGCGGACUACGAGCUCCUCGACUCGGGCAACGUGCGCGUCGUCAACACGUGCGUCAAGAUGCCGCACCCGCUCAUCCAGGGCGCUACGACGCAAGCCAUCGGCGAGGCCGUCCCGAAAGCGCCCGGGAAGCUGCUGGUCACCUUUGACGGCCAGCCUGCGUCCUUCAUGGCCGACGAGGGAAACUACUGGAUCGUCGACAGCGCCGACGACGGCUCCUGGGCCGUUGUGUCCAGCAUGAUGCGGGCGCCGAUCUGGGUCCUCUCGCGGACCCCGGCGCUCCCCGGGGGGACUCUCAAGGACAUCAUGCAGCGUCUGACUGACCGCGGGUUCGACGCGUGGAAGCUGCGGCCCACUACGCAGGGCGACAGCUGCGCCUACACGUAG